CGGACAUUCCCAAAUAGGCAGUUCUGAUCCGGCAUAUUGCAUGGAAAGAAGUGAUAAGAUGGCGGGGAAAGCUCCGAUCAGCUUGAUCUCUCCGUUAUCGGUUCAAUGGAUUUCUCAUUCUCCCACUGGAACCAUUAUAUUCGAGUAUUAUAGCCUUGUCCUGAGAAUUCAAUUGCUUAUAAAUAACCCAUGACUGAUACCGGAACGUCCCCACAAGCCACGAAAAACCCCCAAAUAUCCUAGACAAAGAUCCCCAAAACACCGAAGAAGGAAGACAAAAAAAGAAAAGAAAAAAUCAUGAGAGGAAAAAAGCACGUCGUCUUUGACGUAGUCGGCACAUGUGUCUCCUUCGAUGCAUUCUACGCCCGCAUCGCCAGUGUCAUCGGCCCCAAACUCGACGCUCAAAACAUCACACCCCGUUUCUUUGGCUUCAGCUGGAUGACCGCCGCUGAGCUCGAAUUCACCUUUCUCUCCAUCUCCGAACGCUACAAGCCCUACAAAGAAGUCAUCACAGCCCUAUUCUACCGAACGCUCUACAUGGCCGGGAUCGAAGACCCCCGAUCCUUCGCCACGGACGCCGAGCGAGACCAAUGCGUACAGGGAUACUCGGAGCUGGAACUCCGGUCCGGGACGCGGGAGUGUUUUGCCAAGUUGCGGGACGCGGGGUUCACGGUCUGGUGCUUGACGACGGGGGAUACCAGGCGGGUGAGAGGGUAUUUUGAGCGGGCAGGCGUGGUGAUGCCGUUGGAGAAUUUUAUCAGUUGUGAUUCUGUGGGGGUGGCAAAGCCGGCGUUGGCAGCGUAUCAGCCUGCGUUGGAGAGGUUUGCGCUGGAGGAUGUGAAGUGGUUUGCGGCGGCGCAUAUGUGGGAUGUAUCGGCGGCGGUAAAGGUGGGGUUUCGGGGGGCGUAUUGUACGGUUUAUGAGAAGGAGAGUUGCGAGGAGAUUUUCGAUACCCAGAUGGAGGUUGUGGCGGAUUCGUUGCCGGAGAUGGCAGAGAGGAUUAUUGCGAGGUCGGCGUAGGUGAUGCUGUGUGAGUUUUAGCUGAGCUGUUCUUGGUAUGAUUAUCAAUUUCGUGAUAUACAUUAAUCGGCCAUGUUGAU